AUGGUCGUUGGCAGCGUUGUUGCCCUAGCGCUGGUUGGGCUGCUGUGGCUAGCGCUUUGUCGUCAGCUGGUAGAGUCGGAACCGAGGCAGGUGGCCGCCUCCGACAGUUCCCGGGCAUCGUUCGGCUUCCUACACCCGUCCUGUGCCGGUGGCGGCGGCGGGGAACGCGUCCUCUGGUGCGCAGUUCGAGCACUGUGCAGCGAAACCCGUCGACUAGCGAGCGACAGACCACAGAACGGCUCGACACCGCAUAGCACGAUCGUCGCUCCCCGCGUUUGGCUUUAUACUGCUCGCUAUCGUUCCAGUGUCGCCGAGAUUCGUGCUUUUCUGGACGUGCGGCUCGCCGAGCAGUUCGGUGCAGAGGCUUUCACGAAUGCUGUCCAGCAAGUGAGACUGGUGCCUCUGUACACUGCUGUAUUGCUGGAGCCUCGUUGGUAUCCUUAUUUUACCAUGCUCUUUCAGUUGCUUGCCGGGAUGCCGGUUGCUGUGGAGAUCAUGCUGCGGCACGCGUCUUUCCUGGUCACGCACCUGUUGAGCAAGUGCGUCAGCUGGUUUCGGAAACGCUACCGAACGCCCUUAGAGGAUUACAGGCUGCCGUCGAUCUUCCUAGAUACAGUGGGCGUCCCGCUUGCUCUGCUGUGUCUCAAGUGGUGGACUUGUGGGCGUAUCCGCACCGGCGCCUAUGUUCAUUAUCCAUUCGUGUCGAACGAGAUGAUGUCUCAUGAGCCGAGGAGCACCGGCUCCGGCUCGCGCAAGCUACGCUCUGUAUGUCGUCGCGGGUACUAUCGCGCUGUUGUGCUACCGCUUUAUGCGGCGUGCGGGGCGGCCACGGAUCUCGUGAUGGCGAACUCAUCGUGGACACUGCAGCGAAUGGAGCAGUUAUGGUGCGGGAGCGGUGCUAGUAGUUCGCGUGCGUCCUGUACAGGGCAUCAUCGUCGAAAUAUCUUCCUCGUGUACCCGCCGUGCGGUGCAAGGCGGACGCACUCGUCAUUUCCUGCGCUAGAGAGGGACGCAGUGCGCCAGCGCGUCGUCUCCAUUGCUCAGUUUCGCCCCGAAAAGCGCCAUGAGACUCAGCUGGAUUGCUUUGUGGAGUUAUUGCAGCGGUAUCCCCGGGAGACCUCACAAGCGCGUUUGCUCAUGAUUGGUGGUGCUCGCAACCAUGCCGAUCGAAUGCGGGCCGAGCGUUUGCUCCAGCGAGCUGUAGCGCUCACAGGAUCCGCCUCUAGCGGCGGCCGUAUCGAGGUUCACGUGAAUGCAAGUCGCAUCGAGAUCGAAGAGGUACUAGCUGGAGAAUUUGGAUGCUUUUUACAUACCAUGGAGGAGGAGCAUUUUGGAAUCAGCAUUGUGGAGGCGAUGUCGCAUGGGCUACUCGUGAUUGCUCACGGAUCCGGCGGUGCAGCACUGGAUAUUCUGCGUCCCGUUUCGCCCGACUCGCCUCUGGGGCUUGUGUAUCGCACUCGACAUGAGCUCACUGAAUGCCUGGCAGACGCUCUAUUUCGGUUGCCGGUGGCGACGCUUCAAUCAAUGCAGAGGCGGGCCUACGCACGAGCUCAGCGCGAAUUCUCAGAUGAGGCAUUCUCUGAGCGAUUUCUUACGGCGGUCGCUUCCCUUUGUACGAAGGGGUGA